ACCCACCCUACUUCCAUUCAUUGCACAGGCAACCGCCUCUGCAGAUGGAGUUGCAAUGGCAGAGACAGAGAUCCAAAAACAAAGAGACAUACUGUGUCUUUUUGAUGUGGAUGGGACAUUAACCCCAGCACGAAAGAAAGUGGAUCCAGAAGUGGACAUGUUUUUACAGGAGCUCCGGCAGAGGGUAAAGAUUGGAGUGGUAGGAGGCUCAGAUUACUCAAAGAUUGCAGAGCAGCUUGGAGAUGGAGACCAAGUGGUUCACAAAUUUGACUAUGUGUUUGCUGAGAAUGGAACGGUUCAGUAUAAGGAUGGCCAACUGCUUUCAAGACAAGCCAUCCAAAAUCACCUGGGGGAGGAACUGCUUCAGGAUCUCAUUAACUUCUGCCUCCGUUAUAUUGCGAGGCUUAAGCUGCCAAAGAAACGGGGAACAUUCAUUGAAUUUCGCAACGGAAUGUUGAACAUCUCGCCCAUCGGCCGUAGCUGCAGUCAGGAGGAGAGGAUUGAAUUUAAUGAGUUAGAUAAGAAAGAAAAAAUCCGUGAGAAGUUUGUGGCGGCGCUGCAGAAAGAGUUUGCAGGAAAAGGACUGCGCUUUACAAGAGGUGGGAUGAUCAGCUUUGACAUAUUCCCAGAAGGCUGGGACAAGCGUUACUGCCUGGAUAUUCUGGCUGAGGAGAAAUUUAGCCGCAUUCACUUUUUUGGCAACGAAACAUCACCGGGUGGCAAUGAUUAUGAAAUAUAUACAGACCCACGUACGGUUGGGCAUACAGUGGCAUCUCCUGAGGACACUGUACGGAGGUGUCGGAGGCUCUUCUUCUCUGAGAGAAACCAUGAGAUUUGAACCUGGUUUCUGAGUGUCACUGAAUGUAGAAUUGGACCAGAGACUAGUGUAUAAAGACACCCUGCUAGAAAGGUCUGUUAUCAUGGAUCAGAAUCUGUCUUCGUGUUCUUAGAUGGUGUCAUUACUGAGAAGAGCUGGCUGUAUUGGAAGCUACACCUGGAUCCAUUUUCUGGUGUUCUGGGUAAUGCAAUGGAUACAUCACUGAUAGCAAAGCUGAAGACAAUAAAUAGUGAGGCAUUUUCCUCUACUACCUUUUAGAUUCUAACUAUGCAGGAUCAGUAUGAUGAUGGUUUACAUUAAAUGUUAGAUGUUAUAUGUGAUCUAACAACGGGGUUUAAUCACAAGUACCAAAGUUGUGUGUAGUUGUUACUGUUGUUGGUUUGUUAAGAUGUGUCUUGCCAACUAUAAGGCCAUCUUUUUGGUUUGAAUAAUUGUACUGCCGAAUGAAUGAUUACAUAACCACACAAGCCUACUGCAUUUUUAAUUAGAAAUUGAUUAUUUGAUGUGUUGUUAUUUUUUAACUGAUAUUCCAGUAACUGACUCAUGCAGAUAAAACACAUUUUAUUUACUGUUGUUGCUUGUUGCACUAUUGUUGCUUUGAAAUUAUUCAUAAACUAGAGAUUCAAAUACAGUAGUUGUUUGUAGUCACACGCAUUUGUAAAGUUCCCAGUUUAAUACAGUAAGUAUAUUCAUGUUCCAUGUAUAACAUGUGUGAACAAACUGCCAAGUAAAACAACAUCCAACAUAGAAGUUUUCUUAUCCCCAAAGUGUUUUUAGCAGGAUAGUUUGUCUUUUAGAUGUGAAUAUUUAUGACCCUUUCUUUUGUUACUGUCCAUUAUUUGAUUCUGUUAUACCAAUGUUUAUAGAUACAUGAAUUGUAUAUUAUAUUUGUGUGUGAAUUUUGUAUAUAUUUUUAUGUCUAUAUCUAUGCUGAGAGGUUGUAGUGUGUAGCUAUACAUUGGUUUCUUCCUCUUUAGUAAUUUCCAUGUAACAUCAUGUAACAUAUCAUUAGUAAAUAUCAUUCAUUAGUUAAUUAGUUAAUAUUUUACAAUCCCAAUAAAACACUGUUCAUGAUUUCAACUGGAUUGACGAAUCCAGUUGAAAAGCACUUAAAAUAGUAUUUUUCUUAUUGGACCUUCGCAGGCAUGCCUUUUAUAAGGUUAUUCAGGUACUGUGGGCAAGAUGUACCAACGUUUUGCAGUACAUCUCACCACACAGCGUGCCGAUACUAAUUACAUAUGUUAGUACAUAUGCAAUUAGUAUCGAUAAGAGCUGCCCUUUACGACGGCCGCUGGUCCUUGGACUUCCGGGUUUAUGACCCGGGAGUCCCUCUGCGCAUGCACAGUGACGAGGCGGUCCACUGGGGAUGCUGGGAGGGAUCCGAUUGGAUCCCUCUGACAUCACUGAUACAGAAAGAAGCCCAUAGGCUUCUAUAGGGUAAUGCCAGAUUUUGCUGGCGUUACCCUCCACAUCGGAAACCUGGCAUCUGGGUCUUAGUACAUUCAGGAAAUGCUGUAAACCCGCAGUUUUUACAGCAUUUUCCUGUAAGUACAUCACGCCCUGUGUUCUCUCUAUUACAGUGAUGUCAUUAGUUACUAAAAAGACUGGCUAUAUUCUCGUUACUAUUUGUUUAGCCCACAAAAUAGACUAUAGGUACAGUUUGAAAUAACAUUAUGCGGUUGCUAGGUCAACCACACUUAGAUCGACAGUCAACAGGUGUUGGUCGACAUGCAUUAGGUCGACAUGGUUCCAAUGUUGACAUUGACAGGUCAACAUGUCAAAGGUCAACACAGGGAAAUGUCGACAUGAGUUUUUCACAUUUUAUUUUUUUACUUUUCCAUACUUUACAAUCCAAGUGGACUACGAUUGGGAAUAGUAACCUGUGCCGAGUGCAGCACUAAUUGGAGUUCCUGUUGAUGUUACGGAGUAAACUAAACUUUUUUUUUUUAAACAAAAAGUUCAUGUCAACCUUUACUGUGUCGACCCGUUAUUCCUUACCGGAUCAUUGGUAAAUGUAAAUAAAUGUAAUAACAUUACGCCCAGCUGAUGGGAAUUACAGGGUUGGAAAUGUAAAAAACAAACUUGCACAAACAAAUGGCUAGUUAUACAACGCACUGCACAUAGGGGUGUCGUUCUGACCUGAUCGCACGCUGCCGUUCAUCGCAGCGCAGUGAUCAGGUCAGAAGUGCGCAUGCGCCGGCGCAUGCCAAACAGCCGACGGCUGCCGCUGUGCGAUGCUUUUGUACUUGUGCGGUGGGGCCGGACCUGACAUGCGGGGCGGACUAGCCCUGUGCUGGGCGUCCCCCCGCAUGUCAGUGUGGAUGAUUGUAGCUGUGCUAAAUUUAGCACAGCUACGAUCAGGUCUGAAUCACCCCCAUUGUUACAUAAGGUCAUUAUUGGAAGAAAUUCAGAUGCAGCAGCAACUAUGGCUGUAGUAGGUAAAUCCCCAUUGUCUAGUACUGAAACUAUAUAAAGUGACUGGAUACUGCUUAUUGCAGCACUACUGGAACCCUGCCCUUUUUGAGCCAUCAGUCUCCCAGUGGCCAUGAGGCGUCAGGCCAGCUAUAAUCCUGCAGUUCUAGAGCCAGACAAUAUAAAAAUGUUUAAGUGCUGCUAAAAUUACAUUUUAUUGAAAGAUUGUCUUCUAUUAAUGUGAAAAGAAUAAAAUUAUUUCUAAUGAAA